AUGCCUCUUGGAUUUGUGGGAUUCAGAUUAUAUUUAGUGCUUUUAGCAGGAACGCUCUUCGGUCACAGCAGCACAGAGGAGCUGCCAGCUGAUCAUCAGGAGUCCUCUGUGCUGAAGCCCACUGUGCUGAUCACCAUCCUCGCACGCAACGCCCGACACAGCCUCCCCUACUUCUUAGGAUGUAUAGACAGACUGGACUACCCAAAGGACCGCAUUGCCAUCUGGGCAGCCUCUGACCACAGUGUGGACAGCAGCUGGGCCGUGCUGCAGGAGUGGCUCAGAGCAGUUGGACACCUGUACCACUCAGUGGAGUGGAAGCCCAUGGAGCAGCCCAGCUCUUAUGCAGAUGAGCACGGUCCCAAACACUGGCCCGACUCUCGCUUCAGCCAUGUGAUGCAGCUGAAGCAGGCAGCACUCAGAGCUGCCAGACGACUUUGGACUGACUACAUCCUGUUUGUGGACACUGACAACUUGCUGACGAACCGCCAGGUGCUGUCUGACAUGAUGGCAGAGAAUCUGACCGUUGUUGCACCCAUGCUGGAAUCAAAAAGCCUUUAUUCCAACUUCUGGUGUGGCGUGACUCCUCAGGGCUACUACAGGCGAACCCCGGAGUAUAUUCCCAUCCGUAAACGGCAGAGGCAGGGCUGCUUUGCCGUCCCCAUGGUGCACUCCACCUACCUGCUCGACCUGAGGCGCAGAGCCAGCCGAGCGGUGGCCUUCCACCCCCCUCACCCCCACUACCCCUUCGAUGUAGAUGACAUCAUGACCUUUGCUUUCUCUUCACGCCAAGCAGGGGUUCAGAUGUAUGUAUGCAACAAGCACCAUUAUGGAUAUUUACCAGUGCCCCUCAAACCAGAGCAGACCCUGGAGGAAGAAGAGGAGAGUUUUACCCACACGCUGACGGAGGCUCUCAUUUCCUACACCGUGGAGCCUUCACGCUAUAUGAAUACUUUGCCUAGAGAAGCAGGAAAGAUGGGGCUUGAUGAGAUCUUUCUGAUCAAUCUGAAGCGCCGCUCAGACCGGCGGGACAGGAUGUUGACUUCUCUGGCUGUCCUCGGCAUCAACACCACCCUGACAGAAGCCGUGGACGGCAAAGCCUUGAACUCCUCUCAGCUGCAGGCCAUGGGUAUAGACAUGCUGCCCGGCUACAAAGACCCAUAUUCAGACCGUGUACUGACUAGAGGGGAGAUCGGCUGCUUCCUCAGUCACUACAACAUCUGGAAACAGGUGCUGCAGCAGGAACUGCAGCAGGUGCUGGUGCUGGAGGAUGAUGUGAGAUUUGAACCCAGGUUUUGCAGCAGGCUGGUGACGAUCAUGGAAAAUAUACAGAGAGUGGGACUUGAAUGGGACCUCAUUUAUGUAGGCCGUAAGCGGCUGCAGGUGAAGGAGCCGGAGCUCUGGGUGAAGGGAGUCAGUAACCUUGUGCACCCAGACUACUCCUACUGGACCUUGGGUUACUUCCUGUCCCUGAACGGGGCCCAGAAGCUCGUGCAGGCAAAGCCCCUGAACAAAAUGCUGCCUGUCGAUGAGUUCUUACCGAUCAUGUUCAACAAGCACCCCAAACACGAGUACAUGCAGUAUUACGAGCACAGGGACCUGAGAGCGUUUUCAGUGGAGCCUCUGCUGCUCUUCCCCUCACACUAUACCGGCGAGCCUGGCUACUUCAGCGACACAGAGACCUCCACCAUCUGGGAUGACGAGGCCGUGGGAACAGACUGGGACAGAGACGGAGCCAAACACCGGCGUGGCAGAGACACUGAGGACGUCGGGUUUCUACCUGCAGCUCGUCACUCUCGUGGAGGCGUGCCUCCUCUCUCUGCCAGUGGAAACAGAGAUGAACUCUGA